AUGUGUCUGAAAAUGGGAUGGAGGAUUUACUCACAGGACACAGAAAACAUUCCUCCUUUGUGGAAUGACGCAAGCAUCCUGAAAUCACUCCCAGCCCUACAGAUACCAGAAACUCAGUAUGAUUUUGAGUUGACCAGCAUACCUGAUACACCACUUUCACCUGUCCAUAAUUUUAAUCUGUCAAAAGUACACCUGUUUGAUAGUGAGUUGGAUGAUUCUUGCAGUUUAAAUCUAAAUCCAAAAAGAAAAAUAAUGGAUGACCAAAAUAAGGUUAUUGAUGAAACCUGCAGUCAAGGUUCAUCUACAAGUGAUUCCAGUGGAAAUUUUGGAAAGUCAUUGAAUCAGUCAAUGAUUGAAAAUCCUAAAUUUUAUGAAAAACCAAAUUCUCCAGAAUCUUCAAAAAACAUAAGUGAAAAAGUUUUGAGUGUUAAAGAAUACAAAGAUUCAAGUGAUACAAAAACCAAAAAAGACAUUCCAUCGACAUCCUUUUCUGAGAAAAUGACAAAAGAGAAAAAUGUAACUGUCUUGGCUCGGCAAUCCUUGUUUAAAAAUUAUCAAGAAGACACUGAAAGUGAUGAGAAAGAGCCGAAUCCUGUAGUAUGUACACCCUCAACUCACAUAGGCUCUCUGCAAUUUUCACAAGAGUCCAUGUUUGUUCCAGACACUGCAGAUGAAAUGAACUACAUUGAACCAUCUCCUGAGUACAAUCCUACUCCAACCAUAAUUCCUGAUUCUCCAACUGCAGGCAUGUCAGAAGAUUCAGAUGACGAUACUCAGGACCCAACUAUAAUAGAAACUACUAUUGUGAAGCAGAAGGAAUCGGAAAAUCUUGAUAUAACAGUUGAACCUGUUGUUGAAGAUUCUGUAAAAGAAAGCCAGAGUUUCCAGUUGUUAUAUUUGGCUACACAACCUUCACAGAUGUCACAAGUAGAAAAAUGUGUGUCUUCUGAGAAACAUGUGGUUGGAGAAGAACCUAAAAAAGAAACAGAACUUUCUCAUCAUGAUAAUUCCAGCAAUGUUUCUGAAAGUGAAGAUUUAAACCUGCAUCUGAGUUUUAACACACAGACAGAAAGUUGUAAGGAUGCAGCUUCUCAGAGGAGCAGUUUCAGUGGUAAAAUGAGUAUUUCUCAAAGUCCUGCAACACCAAAAGAUAACAGCAGUGAUGAAGUCAAAUUUAAACUUAUCCUGCCUUCAAGUGCUCAUUCUCCAUCGCAAAUUUCUAAAGAUGAAACACACUUUGAAAGGAGCUCUUCUACUUCUGUUAAAUCAAAGCCUUCAUCUCAACAAGAUGUCUCACAAGGGAUAUUAUCUGCCCAAUACAAAAUGAAAUCUGAAGAGAAAUUAACUGACCCUAAGACUCUCCAAUCCCAAGAAGAUAGAUGGCUUGGCUCACAAAAAAAAGAUUCUCCUGUUGAGUCACAGAAAGUUUAUUCUCAAAAUGUGGCAUGUAGUUCCCAGAAAAGGGAUUCCCAUGAUGAGUCACAAAAGGGUUAUUCUCAAAAUGUGGCAUGUAGUUCCCAGAAAAAGGAUUCCCCUGAUGAGUCACAAAAGGGUUAUUCUCAAAAUAUUCCAUGUAGUUCCCAGAAAAGGGAUUCCCCUGAUGAGUCACAAAAGGGUUAUUUUCAAAAUGUGGCAUGUAGUUCCCAGAAAAGGAAUUCCCCUGAUGAGUCACAAAAGGGUUAUUUGCAAAAUGUCUCACAUAGUUCCCAGAAAAGGGAUUCCCCUGAUGAAUCACAAAAGGGUUAUUCUCAAAAUAUGCCAUGUAGUUCCCAGAAAAGGGAUUCCCCUGAUGAGUCACAAAAGGGUUAUUCUCAAAAUGUGGCACAUAGUUCCCAGAAAAGGGAUUCCCCUGAUGAAUCACAAAAGGGUUAUUCUCAAGAUGUGGCACAUAGUUCCCAGAAAAGGGAUUCUCCUGAUGAGCCACAAAAGGGUUAUUCUCAAGAUGUGGCACAUAGUUCCCAGAAAAGGGAUUCCUCUGAUGAAUCACAAAAGGGUUAUUCUCAAAAUAUGCCAUGUUCGCAGAAAAAUGAUGCCUCUGCUUCACAGGAAAAGAAUUCUUAUCUCCAGGCUGGAUCACAGAGCCAUAUUAUUCCACAUGUUUCUGAUGAGAAAAAGGAAUUGGGUCUGUCUUUUGGUUCUCAAGGAACCAAAUCACAGUCAGCAAUUUCCAGAGAUGAUUCACAAUCAAGAAUUUCAGUUGUGGAUUCAGCAAAUGCUCUUGUCACUGAAAUCAACACAACAUCACCUGAUAGGGAUAAAAAAUCAAUCAAAUCCAGCUGUCAGCAACUUUCCCAUAGUCAACCAAGUAAACAGAGCAUAUCUGGAUCUUAUAAUACCAAUCUCCAGGACAUGAAGCAAUGGACUUGCAGUCUGGAUUCUGGUUUGCCACAAUUAACCAAUGUGGAACCAUUUGCCUCUUCCCUCAAAAGACAAUCACCAACAGAUAAGGCAACAACAGAUCCUGCAAGAAUUUCUUCACUAGUUACUGCCUCUCCUGAAAAGAUGGAAAUCGAUUUUGCAGCCAUCGAGCUUCCCACUAAACCAAAUAUCUGUUAUCUUAAAGAUACUGAACAUUCACAAGGGAGUAGCACAAUAUCACUAAGCCAAAAUCAUCAAUUUGAAAUCUAUUCUUCUCAAAUGGGAAUAUCUCAAGAAUUAAAUAAGAAUUCUAAAGAAGUUUCUUCUCUUUCAACUCACACAGCUUGUGAUAAAAAUCUUGUCUCAAGUCCUCACCAAGAAUCUACCAAGAAUAUUCUUGCCACUGCAAUAAAAAAACUUACUCUAAUUAAGCCCAGAUGCAAAGAAGGGAGAUCAGAAUUACCUGAAGCUUCUUCAACCAUUUACCCCAGCCAGACCAGCGCUUCUCAACAGAGACAUACCCCAUCUGUUGAGAUGCAACCACAACAGAGAAUUACUUCUGCAAAUGUGGCCAGGUACAAUAUUAACUCGGUGCAAACUAAUCCUAAAACUGAACAGCCUUUGGCUGGCCCAAGUAAUGAUCCUUACUUAUUUAUUGAAUCCCAACCGAAAACUGCACAAAUAGUUGAAUCUAAAAAGAAACAACGCCGAUCAAAGGGAUUGUCCAAAUUUACCCAGAAGAGGAUGCAGAAGAAAUCUAUACCAAAAAAGAAGAGUUCUCUAAGUGGCCGCAGCUGGACCAUUCGCAAAGAUUAUAAAAGUCCUGUUCACCGUGUCAGGUUUGAACCGCUCCGAAGAAGAACUGCCACUGUGAAGCUCCUGAAAGAUGACCCUAUAUUCCUGAAGGUUCCGUCUUAUAAAGAUAUUGAGACAAUUUUCUCCAGGAAGGACAGCCUGAAGGAACAAAUAAAAUCUUCUUGUUCAAGUGAUGGGAGCACACAAAAAUCUACCAACAAAGAUGAUCCACAACAUCAGACAUUGUUCUCUAAUCUCCAGAAUGUUCUGCAGAGGAAGAUUGUGGAAGAAACAGUUGUACAACUUGUUUAUCGCAAAAUCACUAUUGAAACAGUGAAAAACUCCAAAGUGGUUGACAGUAGGACUAUUGUGGAAAAGGAUGAUCCAUUAAUCAUUCAAAGGAGUCGGAAUGAAGAUUUCAAAUAUUUGAAUUCAGCUAAGGGUGUGUCUCCUUUUUGUAGUCCCAAUUCCUUGACAUCAGGUGAGUAUGCUGAUGUGAGUUCAUUGUCUCACUCAGAUAGCAAAACCAGCAACAGUAGCAGCUUUGGCAGUCUGGCCACCAAAACAUCCACAUUUGAGGUCCCUAUGUCUCCCUUGGUACAAAUUUCUUCCAGUCAGUCCAAGAAAGACAACUUGAGUGGCCCCCAAAGUGGUCAACCUGUUACUUUGAGAUCAUUGCAGAGUCCAAAUACAGAUGAUGACCUUUUGAAGGCGCCAUCACCAAUUACAUCUGUCUACAAGGACACACAUUCUGUUUAUUGUUCUACUGAAGAACUCCAUGCUGUAAAUCAGAAUUGUGAAGGUUGUAGAUCAUAUGUUACUGAGACAGUUCCUGCCUUAGAGGCAUCAUCAGGUGACCCUGCUAAAUCAAGAGCUACAGUUGUUCAGAACUCUGACUCUCUUUUCUCUUCAGCAGAAAAUUUGAAUAUAUCAGAUUCUGGUCCUUCUACAACAAUAGCAGGACAAGAAAAUGUUAAAGGAAAAGAAGGUCAGAGGUCAGUGGACAGUUUGGUACAAGAGGCUGAUCAAAGCAUUACGUUGACUGUAGAAAGUGCUGAGAUUUCUGAAAUUGAUUUGAAGACUCCACCAGCAAGUCAAAAAUGGUCUUCACCCCAAAAGAGAAAAGCUAGCCAUUCUGAUGAAAUUUCUGAAGAAACCGGUAUUGAUAAACCACCUCCCCAGAAGAGAUUGAGGAAAGAUUCCGAGGAAGGAACUUCUUUACAGCAGACUAAAACCAGUGAAGAAGCAGGGAGCCCAGAGAUUACCCUGCAGGAUUACCAGCCGAUUAAGAUGCCAUCACUAAGUCCGGAGUCUUCCAAAAAAGACAAAUCAGAAAUUGGUAUGAAGGUAAUGGCUAAGUGGAAAGACGGGUAUUUCUAUCCAGGUAAAACAGCAUCUAAGGAGAAAGGAGGAAAGUGUUUAAUCAACUUUGCUGAUGGAGAUCAACUGUGGGUUAAAAUAAACCAGAUUUUGGUUGUAGAUUACCUUCCACAGGGUCAAAGUGUAAUGGUUCAGUCCAAAGAUAAUUUCUUUGAUUCUGCCAUGAUUGUUGACCACAUUUCCAUCAGUUCUGAUUCUUCUGAUUCCUUUGUUUACCAAGUAGAAAUGGAUGACAACACAACAGUCAAUUGUGCCCGUCAAAAGGUGAUUUUGUCAGAAGACCAGGCUGCUAUUUUGUUAUCUGAUGAGGAGUAUCAAAUGACAAGUGCAGCUCCAAGCACUCCUCGUCUUUCUGGGGCAGACGUUAGUUUGGAUAAUUUGGUGGAGGGGUCUCGACGAUCAGCAAAAAAAGUGGAAGUCUUGAGUGAGAAAAUGGAAAGCAGAAGCAGUAAGCGUACUAAGCUGAUGAGGAUGGAACCACAGGCAAUGAGCACUCCCACACCUAAAAGGAAGGCCAAAGCCUUAAAAAAAGAUUCUAAAGAUGCUGAAAGUCUUAUUGGAGCAGCUGUAUCUUCUCCAAAAAGUCAGAAAUCUGAUAGAACCCGACAAGUAAAGAAAGAACUAUUUGAUGCUGUGAAAGGACCCAUUCCUAAACAGAAAAACCUUUUCAAAGGCAUGAACUUCCUAUUAACUUACACAGAGAAGAGCACAGAACAAAAAUUGUUGGAUAAGAAAAUGAUUCAAGAAUUCUCAUCUGAAAGUUCAACAAACAUUUCCUACUCAGAUAUUGACGAACCUGAAAUUCCUUUUGACAAGCAACAUUUGCAAUCCCAAAUUGAAGCAGGUGGAGGAACCAUAUUUGAUUCUUGGUCGGACAAGUUUAUAUCCAAGAAAACAAAGAGUUUCAUCAUCUCUAACAGUUACCAGCGGACAAUUAAAUAUCUUCAAGGUCUUGCUGCUGGAAUCCCAUGUGUUUCUUAUUUAUGGAUACGUGAUUGCUGCAAACAAGGAAUAUCAUCUGAUUACAAGGCUUAUAUGCUUCAAGCUGGAAUCAGCCUUAAAAAGAAAAGUUUAAUUGAAUGUAAAUUAAAACCUCAGUGUCUGGAUGAUACCCAAGUUCUUGUCUUUUCAACUCAUCCAGAUUUUGUUAGCACAUGGUCAGAAAUCCUCACAUUGGCAGGAUGUAAUGUAGUCAAGAAAUUCAAAAGAUCUAGAGACCAGAGCCGUGAUGUUGAUAUUGUGGUUACAGACAAAACUUGUAGUGUUCAUAUCAGAAAUCAAGCUGAAACUUAUAACACUCCCCUCUUGUCCACAGAAUGGGUGAUACAGUGUUUGAUUCAUGGCCAAAAACUCUGUUACACAGGUCAUGAGAAAUACAAAUUUGACUAUGAGGAAUAA